GAAUACACACGCUGUUUUGAUCUGAAGUCGUACUCGUAUUCCAUCUGUACUCAUAUUCCUAUUACAAAAUCUAUUGUUAAUUGUGAUUAAUUAAUAAAAAUAUACAAAGUAGUGAAAUGAAGAAGAUACAUAUUGACGAUGUCCAGCCACGGACAGUGGAUGAACAUUACAAAUUAAUCCUAGAAGAUAAGAGUGUAAUCGAUCCGGAAGCAACCGAUAUAUCAUUCAAUGAUCUUCCAGAAUGGUAUAAUAAACAAUUAUAUAAAGAACAGGUGCUUUUGUAUACAAAACGAAGUAGUUCAACUUGUGCAGCUUUUAAAAGAUACAUCGAAACUAUAUUACUUAUACAUAACUUAUUUAUGUGUGAUGUAAAUAAUUCAGAUUCCAAAUGGUACAAAUCGAUGAACUCAAUUCGUUGGCAUCACAAAAUAAGCACCAAGAUGUCGAAGAAGGCUGGUAUUGGAGAAAUAUAUCAAAAAGAUAUGGUGCUUACACAGUUCGGUUUUUUGGGAUACAUCUUUACUUCAUCUAAGUAUUUUGGACUGAACAUUACAUUGGAAGAAGAAGAAGCAUUUAAUCAUUUCUGGCGUGUAAAUGGUUAUAUGUUAGGCAUCACUGAUAAAUUGAAUUUGUGUCGCAAAAACGCAAAAGAAACUACUGAACUAUGUUAUAAAAUCAAAGAUUUGUAUAAAACUUAUUUGAGUAACAGUUCACCUGAAUUUUAUGAAGUAGUGUUAAAUACGUUAAAUGCAGUGUGGUAUGUUGAUGUAACCUCGGAUAUAGAUUCUUUCAUGGCAUUCGCUUAUAAAUUACAUGGACUCCCAGAAAAAAAGGUUGGAUGGAGAAGUUGGUUAAUUAUGAAAUAUCGUGAAUGGAUAUUUUAUCUAUGUCUUGUGCCUUAUAUCAGAGUAAUAAUAAGAGCAUACAGUAACUUAUAUGUCCAGUUCAUAAUAUGGACUGCAUAUUACUUUCCUAUAUUUGCGUGGAUAAAAUUUGGGAAGAAUAAUGUCCGGCUCAAUCUAUACCCUAAACACUAACAACCUAGAUUUUAUUAAUAAUUUAUUACAUUUAUAUAAAUCAAACAAAUUACU